UCACUGGUAAUCAAUUUGCUUAUUUCUUAAUUUUAACAUUAUAUUGCAGUGUGCGCUUUAAUCAGAAAAAGAUUCUCAGAAGUGUCCAGGAAGUAAAGAAUAAGUGCAGGAUGCCUUUAAUAUUCAGAUAAUAAAAGUUAGCCCAUCCUUUUCCCCUCUUAAUGUCUACAGAGACUGAGCCUUAUAUGAGCUUCACACAACUUGUAGAUUUCCAUCAAACCAAGCACAUUGUAGAGUUACUUAAUUGUUAAGGUGCUAGGAGUAGAAAGAAACAAAAUGCAUACAUACUUACCACCAAGUGCAGCCAGAGUGAAGAACUGCUAUCUGAAGAAGCAAGCAGUAACAAGGCUGAUACUGCUACUUUAUUUUAUCCUUCACUUCGCCACAGUUUCGGCUCAGCAAGAGGAUCGCAACUGGGAGAAGCAAUGGUGCAUAGCGGAUGAGCAAACACCAGAUGAUAUCCUACAGAUUGCUCUUAGCUGGGCAUGUGGUCCUGGAGGUGCAGAUUGUACGAUGAUUGAGCCUAACAAAUCAUGUUACCUUCCCAAUACAGUCAGGGACCAUGCAUCUUAUGCCUUCAACAGCUACUGGCAAAAAUACAAGAAACAUGGUGGUUCUUGCUACUUCAGUGCAGCUGCAAUGGUCACCAACCUAGAUCCAAGUCGUAAGUCAUGUAACUUUGAAGUGGUGCCCUGAUAUAACGGUGGGCGAAGCACUGAAGAUGCAUGCAUUCCUGGUUUUCUUCUACUGAUCCUUCAGGAAAAGAAUGGAAAAAAUGUUCGGCACAUUUUCCGUCUUUGUGGAGGGGAUGCCAUUACUCGAAUCAGGAGGGCAAUGUCUAAUAUUGCUCCAUACUUCAAAAUGUGUCAACUCUGUGUCUCAUCGUAAUCAGACUCUUUUCAAUUUUAGUCAUGUACCUGGUUUUGUAUCAAUAAAAGUUGAGCAAGUUUUUAUAUGGUGUGUAAAGGGGUAGAGACCCAAACAGCUAGGAUAUAAUCAAGCAAUAAUCACUAUGGUUAUCUGACACUUGUAGCGCAAAUAGAUCAAAUCAUUGCUACACUAAGUAGCGCCCGUGCCCGUGCCCGUGCCCGAUCUCUACAAUGUUAAAUAAAUUAUAAUGAUACAAGUUACGGGAGCACGGUGAACCAAACUAUAACCUGAAAAUGAGGAUAUUUUGUUGAUGGAUGGAAGCAGAGAGAUUGACAGACAGAAAUCAAGCUGACCAUGUUUGCAAGGACAACCACGAGAGCCAAGAUCCCGUGAUUGUCAUGGAAAAAGUAUUGGCAUUAAAUCUAAAGAAACAAGAGACGCAGCUUCAUUGGCAUGAGCAAUUGAUCGGACUGUUAAGCAGGAUGUACAAAUGAGGAGGUGCGAAACAUCAAGGGAACUGUUUUAUUUUAAUUAUUCUCUAAAGGCAUGAGAAAGAUGUGUGCCACAGCAGUACAAUCAUGACCUAAUAGAGCGACUGAUACAAAGCCUUGUGUAAAGUAGACAUAGUUUUCACCCGAUAAAACACAAUACAAU